AAGGCAUUUUGAGGUUACAGGUAAAAGGCCGUCAUGUGAGUUUAGAGUGAGAUUUGUAUACAUUCCUCAAGAGGCAACUCCUUUUAAGUGCCGCUCGCGAAUUUUGCCUAGAGGCCUCAAAAUGUCAUGGCAUCAGGCGCAUGUUACGGCUAGUCAGUCUUAUUUAACAUACCGAUUCGACUGAACGUUGGUGUACAGCGAAAUUUUUCAAGCAAAGCGUGUAAAUCAUUAAAGAAUAACCGGCUUAGUAGUGUUAUCUCGUCGGUAUAAUUAUCAUUAAUACACCAACGCAUCGUUUGUUUAUACAAAUUGAUGGUCACAAAAGCAUUUGUUGCCGCUUAUCGAAAUGGAGGCCAACCACUUUGAUACUAUUGACGAAAGUGCAAAUGAGAAUGUAGUAAGCGCCGAAGCUGUCGACGUCGUUUUGGAAGAGGCCGAGAUAGUGGACUGCGAUGCCGAUGUGGAACACGAGGAUGACAACAUACAGUAUCACCUGUAUGUAAACAGAGAAGACAAUACACUGGCGUACAAAGUUAUGCAUGUCAGCAACAACGACAGGGAGGACAAUGCACUUUCGAUAGCCACCCCUAUAAAUAAUACUGUCCAGGUAUUGACUUCGCCACUGAACGGACAGUUGUACGUACUCAGCAAUGGCAAUAACGUUGUAACGUCGGAAUCUGCUAAAGCAGUCGUACCUAGUGUAGCCAAACUGCAGAUAGAAGGAUCGCAGAAUAUUGUGACCACUGUGAAGAAGAGGGACGAAAGACGAAGAGUGACGCACAAUGAGGUUGAAAGACGAAGAAGGGACAAGAUUAGCAAUUGGAUUUCCAAGUUGGCGAAGCUCCUAGCGGAUUGCGAUCAGAGUGUGAAGGAAGAGCCAGAUGCAAAACCGAAUUUGGAACCACAAAGCAAAGGGGGUAUAUUGGCACGCGCUUAUGAGUACAUUACGGAAUUAAGAGACGCUCCGGAAAAACUAACCAAGAGCAUGGAUGAAAACGUACUGUUGAAAGAAGAAAUCAAGAAUCUUCGACAAGCCGUAAACCAACUGCAAAACGAAAAUUCACAAUUGAAGAUCCAAAUUUCAAAACAGGAGGAUGUGUCUAUACUCGUGGUAAAUACUUACUGCGAGGUUUGAUCGGCGGUCUGUUCUGCUGUCUGUUGGCGGCAAGCCUGGCGAGUUGCCUAGCAGCAGCUGG